AUGUCAAAGAUCGGGAUUGGUUCUCGUAUUGUUCUUGGCAGGACCAUUAUCCUGUUGUUCACUACGCUUUACAUUGUUAUGUACGACAAAGUUCCAACGGUUCACGUGCAAGGUGUAGCCGGAAAGAAGGCGUCACUGCCAUGCGACACACAACCGCUCUCUUCAGACGAUCAAGUGGCGAUGGUGCUGUGGUUUAAGGAAUCUGAUGGGGAGCCUUUGUACAGCUACGAUGUACGUGGUCGCGCCUUAAGCCAACCGAAGCUCUGGUCGUCUCCUUCUGGAUUUGGAUCGCGGGCGUUCUUCCGUGCCGCCGCUAUCCCCGCCACUCUUCUCCUGGACAACGUUUUCACCAGCGACGCCGGCGUCUACCGCUGCAGGGUCGACUUUAAGAACUCGCCUACUAGGAAUCUGAGGCUCAAUUUCACCGUUAUAACACCACCUAACCGGCCAGUAAUACUAGACGCGAAAACGAGAGAUCAAACACGUUUAUUGGAGCCUUACGAUGAAGGCGAUACGUUGGAAUUGAUAUGUGAAGUUCAAGGAGGUGAACCGAGGCCGCGGCUGACAUGGUAUUUGGAGAAUACCGUUAUAGAUGACUCCUUUGAACAGCAGAGUGACGGCAUAACUGUCAAUACGCUGACCUUCCCCAGCAUCGGACGGCAGCAUCUGAAUGCGAGGUUGAUCUGCCAGGCCUCGAACACCAACCUGGCGCCGCCACAAACAAAAUUGCUCAUCUUGGAGAUAAAUCUAAGGCCGCUCACCGUCCAAAUAUUGAGCAAGACCCGUCAGCUGUCUGCUGACAGGAGCUACGAAAUUGAAUGCAAGUCGACUGGAUCUAGACCGGAGGCACAGAUGACCUGGUGGAAGGGCACGCGUCCCUUGAGGAGGAAUGCCAAAACGUUCUCCGAUACGAACUCGACAUUGAGCGUUUUAAAUUUCAUCCCGGAAGCAGAAGACCACGAGAAAAAUCUCAUUUGUCGAGCGGACAAUCCACGCCUUCACAAUGCUGUCAUCGAAGAUUUUUGGAAACUGAAUGUGCAUUAUGUGCCUAUAGUGACUUUAAAGAUGGGCUCGACACUAAAUCCGGGCCAUAUUAAAGAAGGUGAAGAUGUUUAUUUUGAAUGUCACGUCAAAGCCAACCCCAAGGCGACCAGGCUCUCGUGGUACAAAGGGGCAAAAGAGAUUCAACAGAACGCUAGUACGGGUGUAAUUUUUAGCGAUCAAAGUCUUGUAUUGCAAGGGGUGAAUAGGUCAUCUUCCGGAGACUACAGUUGCCUUGCACACAACAGCGAAGGCAGUGCCACGAGCAACUCCGUCACACUGCAAGUGAGAUAUGCUCCACUAUGUAAGAUAUUGAUUGAAGACGACGUGUAUGGUGCCCUAAAACGAGAAACCAUUGAACUGCUUUGCUCGGUUGAUUCUAGCCCGCCCCCUUCAGCGUUCACGUGGAUUUUGAAUAGCUCUGUAGGCCAGACUGAGUUAAGACCAAGUCAGUACACGAACUAUAAUUACACGUCUACGUUGCGAUACACACCGAUGUCAAACAUGGACUACGGCACUAUAUUUUGUUUCGCAAUAAACGCAGCUGGUAGACAAGAAGUGCCAUGUGUGUAUAAGAUUGUCGCCGCAGACCGGCCGUCGCCUCUUCAGAAUUGUUCGAUAGUUAAUCAAAGCACAAACAGCCUCGCGGUUGAAUGCAUCGAGGGCUUUGACGGGGGUCUUCCUCAAAUUUUCUACAUGGAGGUAUUAGAAUUGCCUUCGUUGGUGGUUCGAGCUAACAUAUCGUCUAACUUCACGCCCAGUUUCGAAUUGCUCGGAAUCGACAGUAGAGUUAGCUACAUGGUUAACUUGUAUUCUAGUAAUGCUAAAGGAAGAAGCGAAAUGGUCACUUUAUACACGAUUGCUCUUAGACCUCCGGACAAGUUUACAGGAACAAGCAACAGUAUUUCUCUAUCGCCGAUGCUACUCUCACUCCUCACGACGGCCGCCUUUCUGAGUGCAGCGGUUUGUGGCGUCAUUGCGGCCUUGUAUAGACGCCACGUUGCGAGACACCACAAGCACCCGCCUUCAACCAAUGCUUUAUAUUCGGAAGAUAGCGUUGACUCGUUCCCUAGGAGGGAUAAAAUUGAAGACGUCACUUAUUCCGCCUCGCCUAAAGUCGACUACAGCAGUCAGUAUGAGCUUAAGAUGGACACCGGUGAAUUAGAAGAAACGGAUCCCGAUAUCAUACCAUUUCAUUAUGAGAAAAAGCCAAUGGACGAAUACAGUAAGCCGCCGUUUCAAGAAAAUGAUCCAAUGAGGAUAUACAAGGAGCAUUCAUUAUCUAGUACUAAUGUAGCGUUCGUGAACAGGGGUGUCAACGCUCGUAGUGCUGACAUCGCGGCGUCACGUCUACGGCCGGAGGUGGUGACUGCUUCAAGGAGGGUGAAAGAGAGCUGCAUU